CUCGCUUUAUAUACGACACUUCGGUAUGCAUGCACACGCCACAGCGAUCCAUACCCCAAUUACUCACUAACUCAGUCCAGUACAACCCAACCGAGAAUGCACAUCUCCAAGGUCCUCCUCGCCCUCGCCGUCAACGCGAGCCUCGGGUCAGCCUGCACCUUUGGCUUCUCAGGCAGCCGUAAUUUCAACACCGGCGACUUGAGCGGCGGUCUCUCCUGUAGGAUUAAGAUCCUGAGGUCCGACGAGAAUAAAGAAUCCAAAGAAGACAAAGUCGACCUGCAUGAGAAUAUCGACUGUGGGAAGGGAUGCAAGACAGUGAAGUAUUACGGCGAGGAGUAUGAGUUUUGCCAUAAUGGAGUGGGCGGCGACGUCGGGAGUAUGGCGGACGGCGCCACUGUCCAGAGAAAAGGGGGUGGUAACAAAGUCAACAUCAUCCCCGACGGAGAAGACAAAAAAGACCGUCGUCAGGACCCAUUCUCCUCUACGCUUUCCCAUUACUAUUGGAGAAGCAACAUCCGCUGUUAACUAGGACGGGCUGGAUUGGCGCGUCGAUGGAUGAACCCGGGUUGUUUGGUCGCUUGUUCUUGGUAUACAUGCUGUAUUUCCUGUCUUUCUGUCAUUUUCAACAAAUGAAUUGAUAUUCUGUGCUUCACGGCCAUGUUCCGCUGUUUUCGAUCCCCAUCCAAUCCAAAGCAUGUACCUCAGUGGAGAAAGCAGUGAACCCCGCGAGCCCAGUCAUGAGUAUCCA